AUAUAUGUAUACUUACACAGAAUCAUGUCACAACAACAUGGAGACUUGGUACAACCAUUGAAGUACCCAAAGAAAAUACAGAUAGCAGGUGCAGACUCAACAGGCAACACCUUUUAUACAAACAUCGAUGAUCUCUGGAACAAGGAGUUGGGCAGCAAUGAGCAGCAACAAUCACAAUGGUACACAAAUGCAGCUGACUAUUGGAAGAAUGUUGAACCUACACUUGAUGGCAUGCUUGGAGGACUGGGCCACAUUGCAGAGACUGAUGUCGAAUCUAGCAACAAGUUCAUUACAGAGAUGGCCUCAAUUGGUAGGAAGAGAGCACUCGAUUGUGGCGCUGGCAUUGGUCGUGUCACCAAGAACCUCCUGCUUCCACUCUUUGAGACAGUCGAUCUCCUAGAACAGAACCCUGCCUUCUUAGACGAGGCCAAGGUUGCAUUCAAAGACGAGAAGAGAGUAGAUAACUACUUUGCAAUGGGACUGCAAGACUUUAAGUUCCAGAGAGAGGAUGGCACACCAUUGCAGUAUGAUUGUGUUUGGAUUCAAUGGGUGAUUGGUCAUCUGACAGACAAGGAUCUGAUCUUGUUCAUCAGGAGAUGUCUGGCGGCACUCGCACCAAACGGUGUACUGUGCAUCAAGGAUAACACAGCCAAGCGAUCAUUCGUCAUGGACAAGGAUGACAGCAGUGUCACGCGAUCUGACAAUCACUUCCGAUAUCUCUUUGAGCAGAGUGGAGCCAAGCUCCUCAAGACUGAGCUGCAACCAAACUUCCCUACCGAGCUGUUCCCAGUCAGAUUCUACGCUCUUCAGUCAUCAUUAUCGCCAUCGCCAUCG